AUGUCACAACCCUUGCCGACCACUCGAUCAUCGCCAUCUUCUGCAAUAUCCGCACAGUGGCCUGAAGCAGAAUCUGAAAUAACACCUCUCCUUGCCACCACAAGUUCUGAUCCCACGCCGACGUCGACGUCUUCGCAACCUGCCUUCACACUGCGUUACGCCAGGUUCGCGGACCUGUCACCCGCGGCACGCACCUGCUCACUUGCGUUCUGGGAUGACGUUCUGUUCGGGCGGUUGAUUCAUCCCCAUCGCUCCCAGUAUCCCACCGAUGUCGAUAAGUACUGGUAUCGCCGGUUUGUCGUCGAUUGGUGGGACUGGAGUCAUGUGUUUCUCGUCACGACGGAGACUGUGCCGGUGAAGGGGGAUGGCGAUCUCCAAAGGGUAGUGGAUGAACCAGGACCGAAUCGACAAGCAACUCCCAAGAUCCAGCAGAAGGAGAUAAUCACCGGGUUUGCGCACUGGAGCCGCAUCGCGCCAAGUUGGAGGGAGAAUUACCGGGCUGGUUGGGGUCUACCGUGGUGGGAUCCGAGACGCAUACUCAAACCUCUCUUCUCCCUCAUUUUCCACCACAUUCUCCCGUUUGUGUCUCCGAACCGCGCGGCCUCUUCACAGCACGAGUCCAUCAUCGAACAAUCCGUCGACUAUCUCGACCACAUUUGGACCGGCGAGCGCGCCGAGUCAUGGUAUUUGGAGUGUCUGGCCGUGCACCCGGCGUUCCAGCGGCGUGGCCAAGGUCGCGCACUGGUGGACUGGGGACUAGAACAGGCGCGCAAAGAGGGCAUUGCGGCGAGUGUCAUUGCUGCGGAUGGGAAGGAGCGGUUCUAUCAGAAGUGUGGGUUUGACGUGGGACCCGUGGGCCGGUCGGGUGAGGGGCUGGGGAAUCCUUUGCACGAUGUUCCGGGCGGGUUGGUUUUCUUUAGGGAUAAAGAGGGUGUGGUUGUCAAAAAGAGGGAGGUAGGAAGCUGGAUUGAGGGUCCAGAAGGGGUGUUUGAUUGGGAUGGAUGGUUGAAGGAGAGAAAGAAGGGUUCGUAG